AUGAAGAAGAUACUGCUACUCUGCUUCAUCCACGGCUUCAAGGGGGGUGAUGACACCUUUGGUCGACCGAGCGACGGCUUCACCGAGCAGCUACGCCAGCUGGUGGCCGCGCAGCUGCCCAAGAUCGACGUCCGCGUCGUCAUUUACCCAAAGUAUGACACGCGCGGAGACCUGGCCGAAUGCGUCGCCCGCUUCCGCGACUGGCUGCUGGAAAAGGUUAUCGACAUCGAGGUCGACGCCGGCACGCCCUCGCCCACCGUUGACCCCUCAGUCCGCACCGUGCUGAUCGGCCACAGCAUGGGCGGUAUCGUCGCCGCCGAGACCAUCAUGGCCCUGACCAGCGAGAAGCCCAUCCCGGCGCCCGGAAGCUCGGAAGACCAGGCCUUUGAUGCCGACGCCGCCGCCGCUGCCGCCGCAAAGAGGCCCACAUCGCCGUCGCUCACCUCGCUCAUGUUUCCGUACAUCCAGGGCUUGCUGGCGUUCGACACGCCCUUCCUCGGCAUAUCGCCGGGGGUUGUCGCGCACGGCGCAGAAGAUCACUACAACCAGGCAUCUUCCGUGCUGGGCCAGCUGAGCGGUCUGUCGGGUGCACUCUGGGGAGGCGGUGCGGCCGCCGCAGCGAGUGACAAGGCGCGCACUGCAGACGGCAAGAGGCAGGCGGAGGCACUGCCGAUGGCUGCACCUCCCGCGACGGCCUCGCAGGACAAGAACCAAAAGGGGAACGACGGUGGCGCAUGGGGCCGGUGGGGCAAGAUGGCCAUGAUUGCAGGCGCGGGGGCGGCCAUCGCCGCCGGAGGGGCUGCUGCUUACAUGAAACGCGAGCAGAUCAGUGAAGGCUGGUCCUGGGCGUCGUCGCAUCUUGCCUUUGUGGGAUGUCUGGCACGGGGUGAGGAGCUACGACGACGCGUGGCGUACUUGUCCCGGGCCAAGAGCGAGCUGGGUAUCGGUUUCGCCAAUUUGUACACUCGCCUCGGGAAAGCCGCUGCACCAAAGCAAGUGUCCAUGGUUGGUACAGUGCUCGGAAACCAGAGGACGUUCUGCAAUUUGCCCUCAAAAUCGGCGGCGAACGCAGGCGAAUGGCGGGAGGCCAUCAACGAUAUGGCAACCGAUGAAACAUUGGCUCACAUGUCAAUGUUCGAGAAGCCUCAGAACCCAGGAUUUGAAAAGCUCAAGACAGAUGCAGCCGAGCUCAUUACUUCUUGGGCAAAGAACGAUUGGUACGAGUCUAGCGCAGAGGAACCGGCCAAGAUAGAAUUAUUAUAG